AUGUACAAUUCUCGUGAUGACCGUUGCUUGUCAUUUGGCACUUCUAGCGGUAUGUUUCGAUCGAAUCCUCCUGAAGGAUUCUAUAUUUCAUCACUGAUGGCUCAAAAUGUAAAUCUUUCAAUGUAUGCAUCGAUGAAUCCGAAUGUUGAUUCAUCUGAACAAAAUCUUAUCAUUGGACAGAAUUUUGGCGUUACUAGACAAUAUGGUAAAAGAAAGCGGGAUGAUUCUAUUAUCGGAGGUUCAGCAAAGUCUUCAACUUGUAACAAUUAUUUUUCACAACCUAAUGCGAAUAAUAAUAAUGUCAACACUACAAAAUCAACGCUGUCUAAUACCUAUAAUAAUGGAUGUUCGUUUGCAAGAUCCUACUCAGCUGCUUCCAAUGUAAGAAAUACACAAGCAACAACUGGAAAUUUAUCAAUUAAACAAGAAUUCCCACCGCCCAUUAAAUAUGAGACACUUACAAAAUUACGCUCGAAAACUCCAAAUGAGAUUCUUGCCGAAAUGCUUGAUUCUAAUUUUCAAUUACAAAGAUUCCUGAAUGAUAAUCGUAUGCGAACAAUGUAUGAUUGGAUAAAUUCCAUGACAAUUUUACUUGAAAAAAUUACACAAUGUAUAGAAUCACGUGAACGUAUUGUCAUGAUUUUUAGACAAAUAUCUAAAUCACAAUACCUAGAAGGUGUUUAUCAUGAAAUUCGCAAACCAGAUUUGAUAACCAAUCAAUUGCGUUUUACUUUUAUUCAAUUAUUUCUUAAAGUAUCCAACACAUUUCUAACCAUGAUACCUCAUUCAGCAGGUAGUUUGAUGAAAAUAUUCGAACGCAUAGAGUUGUUACUUACUAAAGUUGAAAUCAAAUCACUUGUAAGACAAGAAUAUGAAGAAACAAAAACAGUGCUCGAUGAAGUACUUGAACGAUUGAAGGAAAUAGAAAAUCGCCGACAACCAAAGAAGCAAAAAGUUAAUCAUAAUAUGGGCAAUAAUGAUAAUACUCCACCAUUAGAUGAUUAUCGUCAAUUGAAUAUUGUUCCUGAUAUAAAAGAAAUUCUAUCAGAAACAACAACAUAUCUCCGAAAAAAUAUUAUCGAUGGUGUUUACGAUAAUCCUCACCAGUAUCUUGAUAUUCAUUUUCGUCUUUUGCGUGAAGAUUUUCUUGGUCCAUUACAUGACGGUAUUGAUCAAUACAUACAUAAUGUCGAAGGCAAAAAUUUCAACGUACGAAUAUAUGAAAAUGUUCGCUCACUUGGUCCACGAUUAAAUCCACGAAGUGGUAUCGUUUAUGAUUUGUAUUUGGAUCCUAAGUCGGCAUCGAAAAUAUAUUGGGCUAAUAGUAGAAGAUUAAUGUUUGGCAAUCUACUCGUUCUUACCUAUAAUCGAUUUCACUCGUGUAUAUUUGCCACUGUUGAAGAUCGAUCAAAUAUUGAAAAGAACUUUAUUAUAUCAGUCAAACCAUUAGAGAAUAUCAAUAGGGCUCAACAGAUACAAAUUCAUCUUGAUGACAUUGACUUGUCGCAUGUAUUAACAAUGAUUGAAACGACGACGUAUUUUGAAGCUUACCGUCCAGUUCUAAAAGCAUUACAAUCAAUCGAUAUUAAUCAACCAUUUCCUUUUGAACCAUUUUUACUUAAAUUAACUAAUGCAAACAUUUCGCCUGAUUAUAUACGGCCAGAAACAAUUUAUGACUUUACCCCUCUUCUCGUUGAUCCGGAUUCUCACGUUGAUUCGACUCUUAUUAAACCUAAUCUAGUAUCUAGACUUGGUAGAUCACGACAAGAUUUACUUGUGCAACCUAUGAAUAAUGAAUUUCGAAUUACAUACAAACAAUCUAAUCAGGUACCAGUCAAAUACAAGUCGGUUUCAUUACUAGAUACAAAUCAAUGGCCAACAAGUGAUGAGUUACAUCUUAAUCCAAAACAACGCGAAGCUUUAAUUCUAGCUUUAACACAGAAAGUAGCGCUUAUUCAAGGACCACCAGGAACAGGAAAAACAUACCUUGGUGUACGCAUUGUUGAAAUGCUACUAUAUAAUCGAUCAGUAUGGUGCCAAUCAGGUUUACAAUCAACACCCAUUCUAAUGAUAUGUCAUACAAAUCAUGCACUCGAUCAGUUUUUAGAAUUAAUUAUAAAACGUCUCAACAUAAAUGACGGUGUUAUUCGUGUUGGUGGUCGAAGUCAAAAUCCAAUCAUUCAAAAAUUUUCAUUACUUGAUGCUCGUCGACGUGUUCGAGAAAAUCGUUUAAUACCAAGUCAUAUUUAUCAUCAAAAACACACUAUCUUAUGUAAAAAGACAAAAGCUCAAGAAGAAUUAAAAAUACACGAAAAUGAAAUAGAACAAUCACGCACAACUAUCAUGCCACUUUCAUCACUUAUGGAUCGAUAUAUUAUCGCGAAUGAACAUCUUUCAUCGUUACUAGCUCCUUAUUAUAACAGGGAUAAGGAAACGAUAUUAUCAGAUUGGCUUAAUAUUGAUCCUGAAUAUAAUUCAAUGGCUAAAAGCCAAAUUAAUUUAAUGGAAUGUGCAGCACCGAUGCCGAAUAUGAAUGAAUAUGAGCAAGAAAGAACAACUAAUAAUUGUCAAGCGCCAAUCGAUGAAGAAAAUAUCAACGAAGAAGAGGAAGAAGAACAACGUCGACGCGGUGAAAUUGAUAUUGAUGAUGACGAAUUUAUGGUUUAUACCAAAAGCAAAUCAGAAUCUACAAAAGUAAAAAUGUCUACAAUAAAUAAUAAUAAUGAUAUUGACGAAAGGCAAUGGUAUCAUGCACAAAGAAAACCUGAUUCUGAUCGUCGAUCAAUAAAAUAUAUCAUGCAAAAUCCAACAACAUUGAAUGAUCAAACAGUUAAGCGAAUACGUAGUGAUCUUUGGAAACUUCCAAUGAAUGAAAGGUAUGAUUUAUAUCGUUAUUGGCUUUUAAAAUAUCAACAAUGUAUAUUUGAUUGGGAUCGUGAUAAACGACGUUUAUAUCAUCAAGCGACAGCUGAACUUGCCGAAGAAUAUCAAGAAGAAGAUUAUUAUAUUUUAAAAGAUAGUGUUAUUGUGGCGAUGACAACAACAUGUGCAGCAAAAUGUCAUGCUGUAUUGAAAAAACUUCAAAGUAAAAUUGUUAUUGUUGAAGAAGCAGCUGCAAUUUUUGAAGCACAUAUUAUUACAGCAUUAAGUUCCAAAUGUGAACAUUUGAUUUUAAUUGGUGAUCAUAUACAAUUGCGUCCUAGUGCAAGUGUGUAUCAUCUUGCAACGAGAUAUAAUAUUGAUGUGUCAUUAUUUGAACGGCUUAUUAAGAAUAAAUUUCCAAAUGUUCGAUUGAAUAUUCAACAUCGUAUGCAUUCAGAAAUUGCAAGUCUUAUGAAACAUUUUUAUGAUGAUUUGGAAGAUCAUAUAAGUGUUAAAGAGAAUCGACCAUCAGUUCGUGGUGUUGAUAGUAAUAUUUUUUUUAUAAAUCAUUCACACCCAGAAACAACUGUUGCCGAUGGAAGUUCAAAACGAAAUGAAUUCGAAGCAAAUUAUGUUAUUGAAUUAGCACAAUAUUUAAGAAAACAAGGUUAUCCAGCUGAGAAAAUAACUAUCCUGGUUAUGUAUCUUGGUCAAAGACAAUUUAUUGCUAAAAAAGCAAAAUCUAUUAACCUAUUACGUGGUGUCCAUAUUACGGUAACAGAUAAUUAUCAAGGUGAAGAAAACGACAUAAUUAUUCUAUCAUUAGUACGUAGCAAUACAGAUAAUAAAAUAGGUUUUCUUAAAACACAUAAUCGAAUUUGUGUGGCUUUAUCACGUGCACGUUGUGGUCUUUUCGUUAUUGGCAAUAUGAAUUUAUUAGUUCAAGUUGAAGAUCUAUGGAAGAAAAUAGUUCAAUCAUUAAUCGAUACUAAUAAAAUAGGAACAGGUUUACCUCUGACUUGCAGUCAACAUCCAACACACAAGCUCAUUGCUAAUACACCUGAAUCAUUUUUAAAUCGAGCAGAAGGUGGCUGUAAUAAACCUUGUGAUAGUCGACUUAAAUGUGGACAUCAAUGUGACUUAAUGUGUCAUAAUUAUGAUACUGAACAUAGAAAUAUAAUUUGUCAUAAAAAAUGUCAAGAAUCCUUACCAUGUGGUCAUGCAUGUACGAAACAAUGUCAUGUUGCAACAACAAAUCAACAUAAUUCGUGUCGAAUUCUUGUCAACAAAACAAUAGCAUCAUGUGGUCAUAACAUACAUUUUGAAUGUGCUCGAACACCGACUAAUGAUGAUUGCAAACAACUAGUUAUGGCACUUCUUCCUUGUGAUCAUACGGCUAAUAUUCCAUGUCGUAUUGCUUCAUCGCCGUCUCAGUUAAAACGCUUUCGUUGUUGGAAUCCUUGCAACACAAUUCUUGAUUGUGAACAUCAAUGUGCUGGAACAUGUGAUACUUGCCAUUCUGGUCGAUUACAUAUGCGAUGUCAACAAAAAUGUGAACGUUCAUUGAUUUGUUCGCAUGUUUGUAAAGAACCAUGUGCUGUUAAUUGUCCACCGUGUGAACGCGAGUGUGAAACACGUUGUAUUCAUUCACGAUGUAAAAAGCGAUGUGGGGAACCAUGUGCUUAUAAAUGCAAACAUCUUAAAUGUACUCGUUUAUGUUCGGAACCCUGUAAUCGUGAUCCAUGUAAUGAACCCUGCGAUAAAAAAUUGAAAUGUGGUCAUACUUGUAUUGGUUUUUGUUGUGAACCAUGUCCUCGGGAAUGCCGAAUUUGUGAUAAACGUAUUGUACAGGAAAUACUGUUUGGUACAGAAGAUGAACCUGAUGCACGCUUUGUUUUCCUACCUGAUUGUAAACAUAUAAUUGAAGUCACUGCACUCGAUAAAUAUGUUAACGAUUCAUUUAAUAAUUCACAAAAAGAUACUGCUAUUCGUUUUCCAGAAUGUCCUCGGUGUAAACAAAGUAUUCGUCGUUGUAUGCGAUAUAUGCCAAUUCUAAAUCGCGUACAUAGUUUAAUCGCACAAGUUAAAAAGAAAAUCUUAGGCAAUAAAACUGAAAAAGAGCUCAAUGAACAACGAAUACUUUUAAUAAAAGACUUCGAAAAAACAGAAAAUAAUUUGAAAGAAAUUAAUCUUCGAGAAAACAAGAACUUUUUCAAUAGAUUAUAUGAUUCUAAUAUUUUCCUUUAUGACGAGAUAUUAAUUCGUAUGAAAAACAUUCUUACAUUUCUUAAUGAAAUUGAUAAACUUUUAAUUGAUGGACGUAAGGCAUUGCCAAAAACUGUAUUCGCGAAUUUACUCAGCUUACCUUUGCAUCAUAUUAUUAAAUAUUUAUUUUCAAAACCACAAAAUCGAAAUUUUGCCGAACAGCAAAUAAAGGAUAUUGAAGCUGAAUUAAUACGUUUUCGUCGAGUAAUUUACUACGAAGCUCUUUUAAAAUUUAUAAAUGAAAAUUCAAAAUGUACUCUAAAAUCUGAUGAACAAAAUUUGCUUGAUUCUCUGAAACAUCUUACAAAAAAAGUAGGACGUUUUACUGACAUAGAUAAAGAAAAUUUUGAUAGUCUCAUUAAAACAUUAGAACAUUUAUAUAAUUUACCUGGUUUGGGUAUAACUGAAAAUGAACGAGUAGCAAUCGUUGCUGCAUUAAAUUUAAAAAAAGGUCAUUGGUAUGUUUGUCCGAAAGGUCAUCCAUAUGUGAUUACUGAAUGUGGUGGUGCUAAUCAAGAAAGUCUUUGUCCAGAGUGUAGAGAAAAAAUCGGUGGCCAAAAACAUCAAUUAUUGCCAACGAAUCGUCAUUUUGACUUAAUGGAUAAUUCACAAUAUGCAGCUUGGUCAGACGAAGCUAAUUUAAAUUUUAUCCCACAAAAUAUUUGA